AGUUGCGCAAGCAGCCAAUAUGGCUGCCUCCAUGAGACUGCUGGUCCGUAGGGUAAUCUGUCUUUCUCACAGCAAUAUAUCCGCUUCUGGUGCGUCGUGUCAGUCAGGCGGAACGUCGUCCUGUCGAUGUUUCAGCGAUGCAGCCGAAGAUAGAAGUACACACUUCGGUUUCGAGACAGUGCCUGAAGCUGAAAAGGCGCAGAGAGUCUAUAAGGUUUUUGAGAAUGUGGCACAGAAGUAUGAUGUUAUGAAUGAUGCCAUGAGUUUGGGGAUCCACAGACUGUGGAAGGACAUGCUGCUGCAUGUCAUGCACCCACAGCCUGGUGCUCGGCUCCUGGAUGUGGCUGGUGGAACAGGUGACAUCGCUUUCCGUUUCUUGGACUAUGUUAAAUCUCAGCAGGAGCAACAGGAACGACGGGCAGCGCGAUCCAGCCAGACACCAUCCUGGCAGGACAUUUCUCAUAAAUACCCAUCCGAUGACAGACCCCGUGAGUCUAUGGCUGUGGUUUGUGACAUCAACAAGGAGAUGCUGAAUGUGGGAAAGAAGAAAGCCGAUACUAUGGGCAUAACUGCUGGUUUGUCAUGGGUAGUGGGAGAUGCAGAGGAGCUGCCCUUUGAUGAUGACCAGUUUGAUAUUUACACCAUUGCGUUUGGCAUUCGAAAUGUCACUCAUAUUGAUCAGGCGCUGCAGGAGGCUCUGCGGGUCCUGAAGCCUGGCGGCAGGUUCAUGUGCUUAGAGUUCAGCAAAGUGACGAACCCUGUGUUAGCAAGGCUUUAUGAUGCAUACAGUUUCCAGGUGAUCCCAGUUUUGGGAGAGGUGAUUGCCGGAGACUGGAAGUCAUAUCAGUAUUUGGUGGAGAGCAUUCGCAAGUUCCCUGAGCAGGAGGAGUUCAAAGGCAUGAUAGAAGAUGCGGGUUUCUACUGUGUGCAGUACUACAACCUGACUGGUGGAGUGGUGGCUCUUCACUCUGGUUUCAAGCUGUGAGGCAUGUGCCUAGCCUUUAAAAAAAAAAUCAACCAAGAAAAAAGACUGGCUUUGUUUUAGGUUGAUCUUUUUGUGUCUCAGAUGAAAUGUCAGAGCUUCUCUCUGCACAAUGACAGUCAAAGGUCAGUGGACGUUAUUUAUUGAAUUAUCUGUUAAGCGAUCUUUGAGGCCACACUUGAGUGAGAUUAGUUUUACAAGUCCAGUUUGAGCGUUUUCUUUAUGUCAGCUGGUAAAUACAAGUGUAAUCCUUUUGUAACAUGAUUAAAUAAUAAAACUUG